ACUCUCGCGAUCGAAGGAAGUGAUGGAAGUGCUUUUUCCCUUUUUCCGCAGCUUCAACUUUGAUCAGAGGAAUCGAAGGUUCGCAUCGUUAAUUCUCCGUUGAAACAUCUUCGACAGAAGGAACAGAGAAGAACGUGUCGAGCCGUUCUCCCUCAACAAUUUGGCGAUCGAGGUUUGAAAGAAGUUUGAGAAAAAUUUCGUCGACAGUCGAUCGAAUUUACCUGCCUCAGUCAUUAUUAAUUUAUAAUUUAACCACUUCUCAUCCGCCCGACAAACGACGAAGAGUUCAGAUAUCAACUUCUGAAAUUCCGUUUCGUUCUCUUCACUCAUCAAACAAACAUCGUCGAUGACACUUUGAAAUCGCGGUGUGCGCGUAGCAACAGGUUUCACAGAGAUUCUGUGCUCCCUUCGAUCGAUAAACGCGAGCAAUUGAGCUGGCUGUGGCCCACUGCCGCAUCUAGUCUGACUUGAUUAAGGGACUGCAGGUAGCCUUUCGAAAAAGGGACCGAAUACAACGUUGUCACAUCUCGCGAGGAACUUGAGGCAGCGGCAUAUGUGUGCGUGUGCGUGAGCAGCAACAGCGCCAACGUUGAAGAGUAAGAUACGAUAAUAGAGUACGCAGCGAUAACUGCAGCGAUACAUGAACGUUGAAGAUCAACAAGCCGCUUUAGGAAACUGUCGUCGUGGAAUAAUGCUUCGGCGGGAAUAAUUUCAGCUUUCUUCGGUGCUAGUCCCCCUUCGUUUCUCACAACAAGAGACGAGAAGAUAGGAAGAGAUUACUCGAGAUCCGUAUAAAACAAUGAGCUCUCUGAAUCAUUGCAUCGUUGAUCGCAUCUUCGAGGCAACCGCUUGAAAACUACCGCCUGACGAAACGAUCUCGAUACGAACGUUAUUUUUCGUAGCGAUUUUGACAUAACACGAGGACUAUCGAUCCACGAGUGGUUGAAAGGAAGUUCUGAGAAUCGAGAUGUCGCUCACCUCGACGGAGGUUUGGAACGAAACCUUGUCGAUGAUGAAUUCGACGCUGAACUCGACCCUAGCACUGAACGGUGCACUGAAUCCAUCCAAGAGACACGUGACAUUCGCCUCUCAGGUGGUGCUCACGCUUGUAUAUAUUACCGGCGUGAUCGGCAACGUGUCUGCCCUGGUUAUUCUCUUUCAUCGUGAUAAGCGGAGGAAUCGAAAACAUUUGCUGAUGCUGCGCUGUUUAGCAACCAACGAUCUGGCCGCGUUGUUAGGAAUGUUGGUGCAGAUGUAUAUCACGAUCUACGUAGGCAGCGUGAUAUCUACGAGAGGAUUCUGUUCCCUUCGCGUUGUCUGGAGGCUGUUCGGAUUGUUCAGUGGAUGUGUCGCCAUAGUAAUGGCAGCUGAAAGGUGGCUAGCCUUAACCAGGCCCUUCGUUUAUCAGAAGCAGGUGACGUACCCGAUGAUUGUACGUUGCAUGCUGCUACUCUGGUUAAUCGCCCUGGCGUUGACAAGCAUGCCAGUUAUGGGUUUCGGUGUAUACUACAAAGGUGAACGAUGUAUUCGAUAUCGAGAAGCGACCGAGCCAGCUGAUAUCGCCUACGCGUACGUCUGGUUCGUUUUCGGCACGGUCCUCUGUCUGUCGAUCGUUUGGUGCAACCUGGCGGUUUCCAGGGCGCUCAGCAAACUGAACUGCAGAGCCGGUGUACUACGGCGAGUAACGAGAUCAUCGUCAAGAGCGAAACCGUUAUUGACAGUGACGGGGCCAACGCCAGAGAUCGUCACCACCGCGGAGGAAAGGGCAUUCGCAAGAUUGAUGGCCGUACUAUCGAUAUCGUUUGUUGUCUGUUGGAUGCCACAAAUGAUCUCCAUCCCAUUGGCGCAGUUCGCGAUGCAGCUACCUCAGAAGGCGAUAUUGGCGCGUAAACUGAUUCGUAUGUUUCACUUGGCGGCCGACGUGCUUCUUUGCAUUCACUUCACCCUGGAUCCGUACAUCUACGUACUGCUGAGGAUGCCACGUCCGAGAUUCCGUCUUCUGAAACCCCUGUGCAAGAUCUGUUGGCCAGCUAGAAGCCGGUCGAGUUCGUUCAAUGGUACCACAGACCACCAGGGCAGCAGUGGUGAUCCGUCGACCCCGAUCACCGAGGCACCCUCCACGCCGGUCAGCGAGGAACACGAUCCUCAUUUAGUGUCGGCGUCGGUCUGAGACAGGCUUCAGCGAACGAUCUUCCUGAAACGGCUCAAGAGUCACGAUGUCAGCCAAGUUUGAGCGGCACGCUCUUCGAGAACAGUCGGAAGAUCUUCGCUUGCAUGCAAGAAUAUACAAACGACUGGUACAAAUCCAGUACUUGCGAUUGGCAUCGAAAUUACGAAGAAAAUUUGGUAUUACGAAAUCACCAUCGUUGUUUCGACUUUUUGGUUAGAAGAAUGUCAUUGAAAUAUUUUACCGAACGAACAAAGUGAUAAGUCUAUUGCGUCGAGUCAAACAUUUCAGAAGAGAUUAUAAUCGUUACUUUACGGCCAAAUGUUUCAUCGAAUAAUCUGUUGCUUUGAAUUGGCAUCGAUGUCGAUCGAAAUUUUUAUUUAAUUUUGGUUUAACAGUUAGAAAGAUUCGAGCAUUGUCGAAAUAUCUAAAGCGAGAGUUAUUUGUAUGAAAUCAAUUUCGUUUCGAGGGAUCUUCAAGAUUACGCGAGUGAGUAAUUGAGGGAUGAAUCAGGUGCGUUGAGAUUGAUACCUCGCUCAUUUUUCGUGUACAAUUAGCACGUUAUCAGUGUUCGUUUAGUUGUGUUAUUGUACAUGGUUCAUUUUAUAGUAAUUUUAAUGUUCUUCUCGUUAAUUAAUUUUUCCACUUUCUUUGUAAAAAAAGAAUGUGGUGUUUUUUGCAUAGAUGGUUUCAAAAUUUCUGCAGGUUUUUAUUUUCUUCUUCCUCUUCACUUUUUUGUAUUGUUGCAUCUUUCACGGGACGUAAGUGAACGACAUUCCAAAAAAAUUAUCAUCGCAAGUGUUACUAUAUUAAUGUGAAGCUUCGAGAUUAUAUAAAAUAGCUGGCAAAUUAUAUGUAUAUAAGACUCUACUCGUUUGCAAGUGAGAGUGAGUGUCGUUUGUUCGAUGUUCCUUUUUCUUUCAAACAUUUUUCCAAGUUGUAAGUUGUAAAAAUUGGCUUGAAUAUAUUCUUUCCUCGGAGAGGAAACUACUUGCGUAAAGAAGUGCGGAGUGUUGUUACAAAGAGAAGUACAGUUAAGUAUAUUCGAAUACGUAUGUAAGUGAACGAGAAAUUAUCGCGAUGCAAAUUUCUGUCACGGUUACGUAAAUGUUAGUCUAGUCAAUGAAUUAAUGCAAGCGUGCAAUAUAGUUGUGAAUAUGCAAGAGAUAAUUUACCAAAGUAUUAAAUAUUAAAGCGUAUUUUCAUCGUACGAUCUACUUCUUUAUAUAAAACUGUAAUAGAGUUUGAGAAAGAAACACACACACACACACACAUAUAUAUAUAUAUAUAAAAUGUAUAAAAUAUAUACUGAUGAAAAUAUUUAUCACAUGUGAAUAUAUUGUAUGCAAUCUUGUGCAUAUUUCAUAUUUAAUAAACGUUACCGUAAAUUGCUAUUGUUGCAGAA